AUGCGUGUUUCCAAAUAUUGCUCAAAAUUACCUGUAUCACGAUUGGUUGAGAGAACGCGCAAUACCGGCACCAAAAAUGUGCAUGUCAAUUAUACCAAUUAUCAAAUUCUAGAAAAAUUGCCGUAUGAAGUGACAACAUAUAAAUCUGUUGACAACGCAAUGAAUCAAGAUGACGCAGUGAAUUAUCCAGUCGAAUUUUUGAAUUCAAUGGAACCGCCUGGUAUGCCACCAUAUUGUUUGAAUUUAAAGGUCGGCUCAUCAAUUAUUUUACUACGGAAUGUAAAUGCUCCAAAACUGUGUAAUGGCACAAGACUGGCAGUAAAAAAAUUGAUGACGAAUUUAGUUGAAGCAACAAUACUGACUGGCAAAGCGAAAGGUGAAAUUGUGCUCAUGCCACGUAUUCCACUGAUAAAAACAGACAUGACGUUUGAAUUCAAGCGUUUGCAAUUCCCAGUGCGUCUAGCAUUUGCCAUGUCCGUCAACAAGGCGGACAAACUCUUCAAGUAUUCGGAUUGA